AUGGUCUCCUUCAAGGGUCUUCUCACAUCGCUGGUGCUCCAAGCAGCGCUCGGGUUGGCUGGUCCAAUCACUCUGGUUGAGAAGCGAGCUUCAACCUUCCAGAACACCGUAUACUUCACCAACUGGGGUAUCUACGGCCGGAACUACCAACCUGCGCAGUUGCCAGCAUCGCAGAUCAACCAAGUGCUCUACUCGUUCGCCAACGUCAUGGCUGACGGGACUGUUUAUGCAUCUGACACAUAUGCGGAUCUUGAGAAGCACUAUGACACUGACUCUUGGAACGAUGUCGGUACCAACGCCUAUGGCUGCAUCAAACAACUGUACCUUUUGAAGAAGGCCAACCGGCAGUUGAAGGUCUUUCUCAGCAUCGGUGGUUGGACUUAUUCUACGAACUUCGCUGCCGCCGCCAGCACAGACGCGACACGAGCGACCUUUGCCUCGACCGCUGUGACCCUCAUGAAGGACUGGGGUUUUGACGGUCUUGACAUCGACUGGGAGUACCCUGCGGACGACACCCAAGCCAACAACAUGGUCUCGCUGCUGCAGGCUAUUCGCACAGAGAUGGAUUCGUAUGCGUCCCAGUACGCUCCGGGCUACCACUUCCUCAUAUCUGCUGCUGUGCCUGCCGGUCCGGUAAACUACGAGAAGCUGAAGUUGAGCGAUAUGGCGCCCCUGCUCGACCACUUCAACCUAAUGGCUUACGAUUAUGCCGGCUCAUGGGAUACCACGUCGGGCCACCAGGCCAACCUCCAUGUCAGUAGCAGCAAUCCCACCGCCACCAAGUUCUCGACCGACGCCGCCUUCGCCGCUUACGUUGCCGGUGGUGUGCCCGCUGCGAAGAUCGUGCUCGGUAUGCCCUUGUACGGACGCUCCUUUGAGUCCACCGACGGUCUCGGACUGCCCUACACGGGCGUCGGCGCUGGCUCCUGGGAGGCCGGUGUCUGGGACUACAAGGUCCUGCCCCGGUCCGGCACCGAGAUCACCGACCAGGAGUCUGGCGCGACCUACUCCUACGACAGCGCGACCAAGGAGCUCAUCUCGUACGACACUGUUAGCAUGGUCCAGGCCAAGGUCGCAUACCUUCAGUCUAAGGGCAUGGGCGGCUCCAUGUUCUGGGAGGCGUCAGGCGACCGCAAUGACAGCGGCAGUCUCAUUGCCACAUCGUACACGGCGCAGGGCGGCGACGGCGCCCUUGACAAGACACAUAACCUCCUCAGCUACCCCAACUCGAUGUACGCAAACAUUGUGAACAACAUGGAGUGA